AUGUUGGCUAGCCACAUGCUCUAUGUGCUCAUUGCCAGCUGUGCCAUGCCCAUUUUUGCGGCGGCACUAAGCAAGACAGUGCUCUACCAGGCGCCCGACGAAUGCCGCUGGUCGGGAGGCGGCGAAACGGACAUAACGCUCGUCUGCCAUCUUCGCACCAUCAACUCCGAGCUGGAGAACACAAACUUCAGCGUCAUCCAGCCACACAAUACGGUGCGACUGCGCCUGGAGUGCAACGACGCGCUCUUCUUCCAGAGCUCGCUCAGUCCGGACAGCUUCCGCUCGCUGGUGGAGCUGCGCGAUCUGACCAUCGAGUACUGCAAGCUGGGCAACCUGACCGAGGGCAGUUUUCGUGGUCUGCAGGAGCUGCGCAAUCUCACGAUCCGCACCCACAACGGCGACUGGUCCACCAUGUCGCUGGAGAUGGCCUCCAACAGCUUUGUCGAGUUUCGCCAGCUGGAGCGCCUGGACCUGAGCCUCAACAACAUCUGGCUAAUACCAGACGGCAUGGUCUGCCCGCUCAAGUCGCUGCAGCAUCUGAACGCGUCCUACAACAAAAUCCAGGACAUCAGCAACUUUUACUUCAGCGCCUCGCUCAGUUCCCGCAAGUCGCGCGUCUGCGGCGCCACGCUGCAGUCGCUGGAUCUGAGCGCCAAUAAAAUGGUCAGUCUGCCCUCGGCCAUGCUCUCAGCCCUGGUGCGGCUGCAGCAGCUCAACAUGGCGCGCAAUAGCAUGAGCUUCCUGGCCGAUCGCGCCUUCGAGGGAUUGCUCUCGCUGCGGAUUGUGGAUCUGUCGGCCAACAGACUCACCUCGCUGCCGCCGGAACUGUUUGCGGAAACGAAGCAGCUGCAGGAGAUCUAUCUGCGCAACAAUUCCAUCAACGUGCUGGCUCCGGGCAUCUUUGGCGAGCUCUCGGAGCUGCUGGUGCUGGACUUGGCCAACAACGAGCUCAAUUCCCAGUGGAUAAAUGCGGCGACGUUUGUGGGUCUGAAGCAGUUGAUGCUGCUGGACUUGUCGGCGAACAAGAUCAGUCGCUUGGAGGCGCACAUGUUCCGUCCGCUGGCCAGUCUGCAGCUGCUCAAGCUGGAGGGCAACUACAUCGACCAGCUGCCCGCCGGCAUCUUCGCCGAGCUUAGCGCGCUGCACACGCUCAUCCUCUCCAGAAAUCGCAUCUCGGUGAUCGAGCAGCGCACGCUGCAGGGACUGCCCAAUCUGCAGGUGUUGUCCUUGGACUACAAUCGUAUCAGCAGUCUCCACCCUCGUGCUCUGGUCAACUGCAGUCAGCUGCAGGAUUUGCAUCUGAACGACAACAAGCUGCAGGUGGUGCCCGAGGCGCUGCUGCAUGUGCCACUGCUCAAGACGCUGGACGUGGGCGAGAAUCUGAUUACACAGCUGGAAAACACCAGCAUAACCCAACUGGAGAAUCUCUACGGACUGCGCAUGACGGAGAACGGCAUGACGGAGCUGCGGCGCGGCGUCUUCGAGCGCAUGAGCUCGCUGCAAAUCCUGAACCUAUCCGGCAACAAGCUGAAGUCCAUCGAGGCGGGCGCACUGCAGCGCAACACCCAACUGCAGGCUAUACGCCUGGACGGCAACCAGCUGACGCACAUCGCGGGCCUGUUCACGGAUCUGCCCAACCUGGUUUGGCUCAACAUGAGCGGCAAUCGGCUGGAGCAGUUCGACUAUGCGCACAUACCCAAGUGCCUGCAGUGGCUGGACGUGCGCGCCAAUCGCAUCCGGCAGCUGAGCAACUACCUUGAGUACGACAACGAGCUGAGCCUGAGCACCUUCGAUGCCAGCUACAAUCUGCUCACCGAGCUCACCGCCAGCUCACUGCCCAACAGCAUCGAGGUGCUCUAUCUGAACGACAAUCUGAUCAACAAGAUCCAGCCCUACACGUUCUUCAAGAAGCCCAAUCUGACGCGCGUGGACCUGGUGCGCAAUAAGUUGACCACGCUGGAGCCGAACGCGCUGCGUCUCUCGCCCAUCGCCGAGGAACGCGCCCUGCCCGAGUUCUACAUAGGCCAGAUGGCCUAUGUGUGCGAUUGCCAGCUGGAUUGGCUCCAGAAGCUCAAUCGCGAGUCACGCACUCAGCCCCAGCUGAUGGAUCUCGAUCAGAUCUACUGCAAAUUGACCUACGCUCGUGGCGCCACGCAGCUGACGCUGCUCGAGGCCAAGGCCCAUGACUUUCUAUGCAAAUACGAGUCGCACUGCUUCGCCUUGUGCCACUGCUGCGACUUCCAGGCCUGCGACUGCAAGAUGGAGUGUCCCGAUCGCUGCAGCUGCUAUCACGAUCAGAGCUGGACCUCCAACGUGGUCGACUGCAGUCGCGCCGACUACGCACGCACCCUGCCCGCGCACAUACCCAUGGAUGCCACGCAGCUCUACCUGGACGGCAACACCUUCACCGAGCUGCAGUCGCACGCGUUCAUCGGCCGCAAGCGCUUGAAGGUGCUGCACCUGAAUCACUCGCGCAUCGAGACGCUGCACAAUCGGACGUUCUACGGCCUGCUUGAGCUGGAGGUUCUCCAGCUGCAGCACAAUGCGCUGCGUGCGCUGCAGGGCAACGAGUUCCAGGGGCUGGACAAUCUCCAGGAGCUCUACCUGCAACACAACGCCAUUGCCAGCAUUGAUACGCUCACCUUUACGCACUUGUAUCACCUGAAGAUCCUGCGCCUGGACCACAAUGCCAUCGGCAACUUUGCGGUGUGGAACUUUCUGCCCAGCUAUCUCAAUGAGCUGCGCCUGGCGGGCAAUCCCUGGAGCUGUCGCUGCGAGUUCAUCGACAAGCUGCGCGACUAUUUGGCGCGACACGAGCAUGUCCAGGAUCGCCAGCAGCUGCACUGUCUGCUGCCCGGCAACAGCACACAGAUGUCCAUCUACGCCAGCGACAGCCUGCCCUUGGUGCAGUGCAGCCAAACACUGCAGCUGGGCCUGGACACCAACUACAAGUGGUCGGGCAAUGUAUUGGAGAAUGGAGCAGCCGCGGAGCAGCCGCUGGCGGGCAACGCCACCUCCACCAAAAUGAUUCUCACCCCGCCGCCCAAGCAGGAGUACAUACCCAUCCUGCUCGCCAUACUCACCGCCUUCAUCUUCAUCAUCAUCUGCACGCUCUUGGUUUUCAUAUUCCGCCAGCAGAUGCGCGUUUGGUGCCACGCCCGCUUCGGCGUGCGCCUCUUCUACAAUGCGCAGAAGGAUGUGGACAAGAACGAGCGCGAGAAGCUCUUCGAUGCCUUCAUCUCCUACUCCUCCAAGGAUGAGUUGUUCGUGAACGAGCAGCUGGCGCCCAUGCUGGAGCUGGGCGAGCAGCGCUACAAGCUCUGCCUGCACCAGCGCGACUUUCCCAUUGGCGGCUACCUGCCCGAGACCAUUGUCCAGGCCAUCGACAGCAGCCGGCGCACCAUCAUGGUCGUCUCCGAGAACUUCAUCAAGUCCGAGUGGUGUCGCUUCGAGUUCAAGUCGGCGCAUCAGUCGGUGCUGCGCGAUCGCCGGCGUCGCCUCAUUGUCAUUGUCCUGGGCGAGGUGCCGCAGAAGGAGCUCGACCCCGAUCUGCGUCUCUAUCUGAAGACCAACACGUAUCUCCAGUGGGGCGACAAGUUGUUCUGGCAAAAGCUUCGCUUCGCUCUGCCCGAUGUGUCCCAUGCCUCGCAUGCCACACGCGCUGUUGCGCCCUGCCACGCCCCCAUCAACCAUGCCGCCUACCAUCAUCAUCAUCACUUGCACCAGCAGCAGCAGCAACAGCAGCAGCAGCAGCAGCAAAUGUUGCAUCCGCAUGCGCAUCCGCAUCCUCAUCAUCAUCAGCAGCAGUUUAUGCUGCCGCCGCCGCCCAAUGCGCUGCAGCCAGGAAGCUUUCGGCGUCAACCCUCAACGCAGCAGCAGCACCGCAACAACAACAUCAACAACAACAACAACAACCAGCAGCAGCAGCAGCAGCAGCAACAGCAACAGCAACAGGCAGCGUUGCUUAUGGGCGGCAAUGGAGGCGCUUGUGGGGUGGGUGUGGCAGCGCCGCAAAUGAUUCCGCUGGCGGGUGGCAUACAACAGCAAAGUCUGCCGCUGCCGCCCACCGCGGCGGCGUCGCAGCCAACGCCAGCAGCGCGAAAUCUGCACAUGUGAGUGCGAGAACGAGUUGGAGCUGGAGUUGGAGUUGGAGUUUGUUAAAAUUUAUUUAUUUAUUGUUUAUAGCAUAAGCUUAUCUAAAAAUAGUGUGAGCAGGUCUGGAGAGUACGAGAGAGUUUGAAAGAGAAAGUCAGCAAGAGCGAGAGCGGCAAUUUGUAGAAUGUGUGUCUUUGAUUUCGAAAGCAAUAUUUUGAACACCCGAACGAGCUGCUAGGAAAGAUCUAUAGUUGGCAGCCAUGUGUAAUGGGGAGUUGCUCAGCCAACAGCCAACAGCCAAAUAUGCAAAUGAAAAGCGUUUAACGAUAAAAGCCUAGUUACAUGUUAAAAUAGCAACAGCAACAAUUGCAGCUGAAAAACAGGCAGUAAA